AUGUCCGAGUCGAUCGGCAACUGGGUCAAGCGUGACCCCAACAUUGUCCCCGAAACUAUUACCUGGUCCUCCGAGAAGAGGGUUUACGAAUGGAAGUCUUCCUAUACCAAGGACUCUGCGCCAAGCGACCCUGCUCUCGAGAAAGAGCUCUUCAGCUCCGAGUCUCGUAUCAACUCGGGCAUCCAUUUCAAGAGCUAUGCCGAGAUGAGUGUCUCUGUCAAGGACGGUCCUCCUGGCUUGACUCCCAUCGUUAGUUUUGAUGACGCUGGUCUUGAUUCUGUAGUCCUCGAGAACGUCAAGCGCAUGGAGUUCCCCGAACCCACUCCCAUCCAGCGUAAUGCUCUGCCCAUCUUGAUGCAGAACUACGAUUUGAUGGCGUGUGCCCAGACAGGCUCUGGCAAGACUGCCGCUUUUCUUGUCCCCACCAUCUCGAAGCUCGUCUCCAAGAUCUUCAAGGGACAGCUGGCGACAAUCCGCCGUCGACCCGGCCAAGCAGCUUGGAAGGCGACUCCACUUGUCUUGAUCAUUUUGCCCACGCGGGAGUUGGCAAUUCAGAUCUUUGAAGAGGCGAGAAGAUUCACCUAUAUGACUCCGCUGCGACCUGUCGUGAUUUACGGCGGAGCCGAGUCCCGCGUGCAGAAGGAACAGAUUCAGAAGGGUUGUGACAUCUUGGUCGCCACCCCUGGUCGCCUGAAAGACAUGGUUGAGAGAGGCAUUGUCUCUCUUGCCCGCGUCCGUGUCGCCAUUCUGGACGAGGCUGACCGCAUGUUGGACAUGGGUUUCGAGCCUCAGAUCCGACAGAUCAUGAUGUCGUCGGAUCUUGCACGCGACGAGGGUCGCCAAACACUGAUGUUCAGUGCGACAUUCCCAAGGGAUAUUCAGACCCUUGCCCGAGAGUUCUUGAAGGAGGACUUUUGUCGUCUUCGUGUUGGAAGAAUUGGUGGAACCACUUCCUUGAUCAAACAGAAUAUCAUCCACGUCGAGGACUACGAGAAGAAGGAGACAAUCUUCAACACCCUCCUCGACUACCCUCCCUCCCGUACCCUGAUCUUUGUUGAGACCAAGCGCACCGCGGAUGCUCUCGACGAUUUUUUGUACAACAAAAAAUUCCCCACCUGCUCCAUCCAUGGCGAUCGCGAUCAGCGAGAGCGCGAGCUGGCCCUCAGGGCAUUCAAGGAGGGCAAGAGCCCCAUCUUGAUUGCCACUGCUGUAGCCUCCCGUGGUCUUGACAUCAAGGAUGUCAUGCAUGUGAUCAACUACGACCUUAGCAAUGACAUUGACGAAUACGUCCACCGCAUCGGACGUACCGCCCGUGCGGGCAAUCCUGGAACCGCCACCUCGUUCUACAACUCAAACAACAUUCCCUUGGCGCCUACCUUGACCAAGCUGUUGCUUGAGUGCAAGCAGGAGGUUCCGGAUUUCUUGCAGUCCUACAUCAGCCCCAACGUCACCUUUGAGACUGACGAUUUCUACGACGAGGAGGCGGAGCCAGCAGGUUAUGGUGCUAAUGCUGGUACUGGUGAUGACCCUGGCUCUACUUGGGGCAACCAGGCGGACUCUGGUUGGGGCUCCAACCAGACCCAAGGUCCCGCCAACGACGGCUGGUAA